AUGUCUGUGCUUACUGAAAUAAGUGAAGGGGAGAGGACAGGGAAGGGAAGCCAUUCCGGAAGUAAUCUCAGUAUCGCGAGUAACCUUGACUCUGAGGUAGCCAAAGGCUCUACUGUAACUGAUAAUGGAGAGGUGCAUUUUGGGGAUCGUCUCCUAGAUGAUCUCAUGAACACCUUUUGUGAUCGUCUCCAGGCUGCUUGUCCUCGUAAAAUAGAUGGAUGUCUUGCUAUACACGUGGGAACCCGCAAUCUGAAAAACACCUCUCGUGAAUGUCGGUCGACCACCCGACAUCAUCAAAUUAUAUUCGAUCCUGAUAGAGUGCACUAUGUUGUAGUUGACUAUGAUCCACAAACAAGAAUGGUCGUACUGUAUGAUUCUUUGGUUGAAAAAGAUUCAAACGUUACUAACCUGCUGACGGAACCGAUUCGAAAAAGCAAAUAUAUUCGCUUUUUUCACACUUGUUUCAAGACAAGACGAUACUUAUGGCUAUUUCUCGCAGCUAUGACCGACAGACCGAUACGUGGUCCUGUGGAUAUCGUUCGCUUGCGUGCAUGGUGGAUCUGGCUAGACAACGUAACCCUUGCGAGUAUAACGGAAUAUUGCAUGAAGAGCAUUUUUGCUUUCUUCCAAAAGGUAAUUAGCGAGUCCAAAGUGGAAUGGGUAGAAUUCGAGACUGCGUAUUUUGGGCAGUAA